AUGGAUGCAUUGUCGAAAACGCUUCUGAGUGGGACUUCUUCAAACCCUCUUGUUCUUCAUGGGCGACAUUUUGGUCAAACUGUGUUUGCCCUGUGCAACUAUCCCGCUCUUCUUACUACCGGUAUACUCCGACUGGAAGAACUACAGGAUUCUGCCAUAGAGGAUUAUCCAGCAGAGGUUUUCAUGAGUCUAAUUGAUUCAUAUCCUGGUCUUUUGGAUUGUCUGAUGAAUGGCGAGGAGGAGGAUAUCAUUCAUUUGGGAGAAUUGCUGGGUAAAGGAGCUGCUGGCGUGCGAGGCGACAAUACCAAAACCCUUAAAUCUGCUGUCCUCAAAUGGCUUGUGCCUAGAGGACAGGCAGUCAUACCACCUCUCUCCCGGAAUAUCAAGUCUGACCGCGGAUUUAACCAUGAGGUCACCGGUGCGUUGCUUUGCCCCGCAGGCCUUGACUGGUCAAAUGCAGAAACCAAGCAGAGCCUAGAGAGCAGUGAAACUGCGGUUUGUGGUGACCAAUGGCCCAUGUUUAUAUAUGCUGGGUAUGAGGUUUUUAAACACAUUUUUACAUCUCCAAGCUUGGUCAAUAGGGAGCCAAAGGCUACACGAUCUGGCAAUGCUUACCUGCACGGCAUGAAAUGUGUGACUCGAGGAUCCCUAGCUUACGAUCCCAAUGAAAGUGAGGAAGUGACUGACCUAAUGACGUGGUGGACGCAGUUCGUGACCUCCCAUCCACUUUAA